AUGGCCACCUUGCAAGAGGUUGAGAGCGAGGACAACUUCAACACAAUCACCAAAGACGCACAGUCAUCAACGCUGCUCGUUCUGUAUUUUAAAGCUGCCUGGGCUGCACCAUGCACUCAGAUGACAACGGUUCUGCAGACAUUGGCUUCGACUUACCCGAAUGAUUCGAGUGUCCUUUUCCUAUCUAUAGACGCCGAGAACCUUCCUGAUGUCUCGGAGUCGUACGACGUGACUUCAGUUCCAUACAUCGUGUUACAGAAAGAUGGCAAGACUCUAGAGACAAUUGGAGGCAGUGACGCAGCAAAAGUCAGGGCAGCAGUUGAGAAAUAUGCAUCGUCCAAGUCAAGUGGUGGAAAGGCCGGUCUACCUCCAGCGUUAAACGCCACAGCACCAGCACAAUCGAAUGGUGGCACCAGGAACCUCAGUCAAUAUGCUCCAUCAAGCUCAGACGCUGCCACGGCGCCACAAUAUUCGUCAGAGACAAUGUCUGGUUCGAAAGAGGAACUGGAUGCAAGACUGGGUAACCUUGUAAAGGCCGCCCCUGUCAUGCUCUUCAUGAAGGGUACUCCGUCAGCACCACAAUGCGGGUUCUCAAGACAAUUAGUCAGUAUACUGCGCGAGAAUGGUGUCAAAUACGGCUUCUUUAAUAUUCUGGCAGACGACGAGGUGCGACAAGGUCUCAAAGAGUUCUCGGACUGGCCGACAUUCCCGCAACUGUAUGCUAAGGGCGAGCUCGUUGGUGGACUUGAUAUUGUUAAAGAAGAGCUUGAAAGCGAUCCAGGUUUCUUUAAGGAGUUUUCGGUCAAAAAUGAGGCAGGUGGUCCAGGCAUUACUGCAUAG